AUGCCUUUCAUGAUGAAUGUGUCUGCACCCACUAGUGCUUCAAUGAGAACCAGUCAGGCUUGCUUGAAGGUAGAGUUGAAAUUUAGUGAAAUAGUUACAAGUAUUGACUUGAUUUGUUUGCCUAUGUCGGGAAUUGACGUGAUUAUUGGCAUAGAUUGGUUGUCUGCUAAUGGAGCGACAUUAGACUGUAACAGAAAGGCGGUUUCAUUACCAGUAUAUAUGGCAACUACAGUGAAUGAUGGGACUACAUCGCCUGUACCUGUUACUACUCCGGAGACUCCUAAGUUCUUAUCAGCAGUACAAGUGAAGGAAUCAGUGAAAGAGGGAUGCCAAGCCUUUAUGGUGUUAUGCUUAGUACACAGAGUAUAUGAUGGAGUAUUAGACAAGAUUGGAGUUGUCAAUGAGUUUCUUGAGGUAUUUGCAGACGAAGUAUCAGGAUUUCCACUAGAGAGAGAGAUUGAAUUCUCAAUUGACUUGGUACCUAUUACCAAGCCAAUCUUUAAGGCUCCGUAUUAG